GCCGUUUAGCCCGUUAUUGACUAGUUUCUCGGCAGGAAUGGUCUUAGAGGCGUCCGAUGGGUCCGAUAAGUUAGUUUUGACAGAGUUAAGCGGCAGGAAUCUCCCGGUUGUACCCGAUUGGCAUUUUAAGCUCGUUUUGACCCUGUUAUAGGUCAGAACUCAUCCCGGUAAGAUCUUGGCUUAUCGUAGGAGUGGGACGGCCGAAUGGCUGAGAACCAAGAUGGUUGAAAACAAGUUGCGACGUCGCGUUUAGAAGACCUUGGCCUAGAGUAGAGGCAAGGUAGAGUCGUGGGGCUUGGCUUAGAGUAGAGGCAAGUCGGCUAGAGUCGCGAUAGAGUUUAAAUGCACGUACGGGCGACGUGCAUUGCCAAGAUAAGUUAGAAUUCCGCUGCAAGUGAAGCUCGAUCUUAGGAAGAAAGAACCUCGCCUAAGGUCUGACGAAGCCACAAAAGGCGCAAAAAGUGGAUUGGGGCUAGAGUUCCCCGUAAGACUGACCAUGGUCGAGCUUAGAUCAUGGCGCCGCACGGUUGAAAAAUGUACGACCGUGACACAUGGCAGGAGGCAAAGACAGACAAAUGAUGUUGUGGGUGCCAAUCAUAUAUGGCAUGUGAGAAAGGGCCUCCUCUAGAUAACAAGUUGAAGAGAUUUUACGGCAAAAUUUCGGCGGUGGUUGAACUGUGCGUGCAAGCAACUGCACCUAUUUCAAAUCAGCAUAGGAGCAUGAUGAGGCUCGAUGUUGUUCUUCCACACCAUGAUGACAUUGCUCUUAAUUCCUCAAAUGGAGAAUCUGUUGAGCGUCUCACACUCAGAGAGAUGUUGAAUCACCAUAAUAUGGAGAUCAGAGUUCGGUAGUGCAGUGCAACGACUUCUUGUGGAUAUGGGAUAUGGGAUGGUUUGGUUGUAGCCUAUCUUGAUUUCGCUUGGUGUGUCUCUUCACUUGGCCGGAUUCCCACGAUCAAUGGUGGAGAAUCUUUGUUCGCCUGGUCUAUAGUGGUGGUGGCGGGAAAACUAUAGGGCAAACCCAAGCGGAAUACGAAUGACCCAGCCUCUGAAGAAACCAAAAGUGGAGGAACUUUCCGUUUCCGAUGCCCAACCAACUGCAAUCGACGCGGUGGAUGAAUGCAAUAGCACCGCGGAAGAGCAAGAGGCGGAGCUCUUGGCACUAGUCGAGCAUCGUACUCGGGAAGUUCAACAUCUGCAGCACCGUAUUUCCUACUACACUCGUCAGCUAGAGGAAGCAGAGAAGCGAUUGCAGGAAUCUGAAUCUAUGUUGGCACGCUUUCGAGGUCGGCGUUAUACUCUUUCAUCAAAAAGUUCUCAAGACUCUGGAUUCAAAUGUGUGGAGGCUGAGCCUAGACCAGCCAGUCCUAUUCAUGCCAAUGGAGGUUCCAAAGCAAUAACAAUUCUUGGUUCCAGUGCUCAAAAGAGCCCUUCAAUUCUCAAUCUUGCCAUGACAGCUGAACAAGACAGGCCUUGUACAGUAUCUUCUACUGAGGGAGUUGUUGAAGAUGAAAGUGAUAGAAGAAAAAGAAAGUUUGGUAAUACUUCAACCUUCCGUUGGAAAGAUCACAAAGAAUUGAUUCCAUUAGUACGUAGUAGCUCAUCGCCAUUAACUGCCCAAUGUGAUAGAAGUUAUUAUUUCUCAAGUCAGCACAAGAGAAAAAUGAGAAGUCUUGCUCCAUGUCCAGUUAAUGACCAGCUUUUUGUGACCAGUGCUUUGGAUGGAAUGAUCAACUUGUGGCAAGUUCAGUACAAGGGGUCAUCGGCCUCUCUACUUUGUACUACUGACUGUAUGUCUCAAAAGCAGAGAAGAUGGCCUGAAGAUAUAGCUUGGCACCCGGAUGGAAACAGCCUAUUUUCUGUGUACAGUGCCGAUAGUGGUGACUCUCAAAUAUCGAUCUUGAAAUUCAACAAGACUAAAGAGAGGGCCUCUGUGAUUUUCUUAGAGGAUAAGCCUUAUGUUAAAGGCAUUAUCAACAGCAUCAGUUUCUUGCCCUGGGAAUCUGUCCCUUUCAUUACUGGUGGCAGUGACCAUGCUGUCAUUCUAUGGAGUAUGAAAGAUAAAAAGAAUACAUGGAAGCCAGAACUGUUGCACAGAGACCUGCAUUCUUCAGCUGUCAUGGGCGUCUCUGGGAUGCAGCUAAAGCAGAUCGUACUUUCUGCUGGUGCAGACAAGAGGAUCCUUGGUUUUGAUGUUCAAGUAGGAAGCGUACUCUUCAAGCAUCAAUUAGAGAGCAAAUGUAUGAGUGUCUUGCCAAAUCCAUGUGAUUUUAACCUGUUCAUGGUCCAAACAGGGAGUCCAGAAAAGCAACUUCGGCUGUUUGACAUUAGGUCAAAACAGAAAGAAGUCCACGGUUUUGGGUGGAAGCAAGAAAGCAGUGAAUCUCAAUCAGCUCUGAUAAACCAGGCGUGGUCUCCUGAUGGUUUGCACCUAACAUCUGGUUCAGCUGAUCCUGUAAUUCAUGUUUUUGAUAUCAGAUAUAAUUCUCACAUGCCAUCUUGUUCAAUUAAAGCUCAUCAGAAACGUGUCUUUAAAGCUGUUUGGCUCCAUUCUCUUCCUCUUCUGAUUUCCAUUUCAUCUGACCUGAACAUUGGAUUACACAAAAUGGUAUAGAUAUUCCACGUUGAAGUUACUGAUGCUACUGUAACUACUAUCAGAGGUAAUCUUGCGUUGUUGGACAUCUUUUUUACUUUCUCAGAGGAACUUAUCAAGAGGUAGUUCUGAUACAUCUAAGUGUUGAAGCAUGAAAAUGUGUUUGAGUUAGUUGGAAGAUAUGCGGCAAGGGUGCAGUGGAUAGUAAUCUGGUUGUGACGACAUUACAAUCUGAUGACAAACCAAGAAGACCUGACGAAGUUGCAGCUUGUGACCUGGUGUUAUUCUGGGGAUAUGUAAAUUUGUUGAUCUUGUUGUCCUACAUGAAUUUUCUACGAACUGUGCAUAGGUUCAGAUGUUUCAUUCUUUUAGUGGGCACAUGGCUUCUGUGACGAACUUAUAUUGUAUGGCCCCAUGCCUCUUUGGUCGCCUUCUUAUCUUUUAAUAUGUAUUAUGUUUCAGUAGGUA